UUCCUCGCAGAUUUUCCCCUUUUUUUCCGGAGCGGAGAUUAGAGAGAAUGUCAGAUUGGCGUGAAGCAUAGGGAAGAGGUUUUAAAAUCUGUCGAGAUAAGAACUGAUCGUGUUCUUCGUUAUCAUAUGGAGAAGGAAUGAUAAUUAAAAGUCUUCCAAGGUCAGGAGAAGAGGGCGAGGAAGAAGUGACAUCUAGUUUAGCGUAUUUAUUGCAUUUUCUACGUGACAGGGAUGAGUUACUCCACGUGGUUAGCAGUAGUGUGUGAUGACGACUCGGCGAAGGCGCGCAGGGUCUGAGUCUUACGUGGAGGAGCUGACGGUGCCUGGGGCCUCUGCCAGUGAGCAUCCCCAACAGUUGCAAACUCAGCCUGCCCACGCUCAGGCACCCUACAAUCUCUUGCCACAGGUCGUCAGUCCUUGGGGAACACCAACAUCAAACGUCCCUGCCAACCAAGCUUAUUAUAAGAAAACAGAUACUGUUAGCCCAACUGCUGUGCCUGUGUCCUCACCUUGGGCUCCAGAAUUGCAGAGUGCUUCUUACAAUAGCGGGGCAGCAUAUGGAACAAAUCAGUGGAAUACUAGUAGUGUAGAUAAUCAAGGACAGUGGAACAGUAACGGUGCUCAGUGGAACAGUGGAGGGUGGAAUAACGGUGGAACACAAGCUGCGGAAGGACUGUGGAACAGUCAAAGUGCCUCAUCUUGGACCAGUGGGAAUUCCAUUCUGUCUGGUCUUGACGAUUCAGAUAUGGCUUCUCGUGACCGCACCCAGGAGUUUGCACGAAUUGUGCGAUCGCAACAAGGUAGUCUAACAAAUGGUGCUCUGCCCCACAAAGAUGGAAAAAGAACACGUGACUUGCGUCAGUACAAAGACUUCAUGCAAAGAUCCAAGUUGAUUCACAGAAAUAUAUCCAGCACAUGGGCAAAAUUGGAAAAAUUAACUCACUUGGCAAGAAAAAGAUCUCUGUUCGAUGACAGCCACGACCGAGAGAUUCAGGAGUUGACAGGCAUCAUCCGCCAUGACUUGUCUUCCCUGACCAAGCAGCUGGGAGACCUUCGCAACCGAUCCCAUGUCUCGGUGUCCGGGAACAAUACUGCUCACAUGCAGAAACACUCCUCCAAUAUUGUGGGAUCACUCCAGACCAAGGUGGCUCUUAUAACGCAGAAGUUUAAGGAUGUCUUGGAGGUUCGAACUGAGAACUUAAAGAAACAGGCAGAACGGCGAGAGCAAUUCACAGGUGGCGCUGUCAGUAGUGAGUUACCUCCAGGUGCUGUAGCAGGACACCAUCAAGGUUCUGUGUUGUUAGCAGAUGAAGCGGCUGCAUCAGCUUACAGCAAUGGUGAAGUGUCCAUUAACUUAGGGCAAGGAGGUGCUUACCAUCAACAGUUGCAACUGAUGGAAGAACAAGAUACAUAUUUACAAAACCGGGCUGAUACAAUGCGUACGAUUGAAUCAACUAUUGUAGAACUAGGCCAGAUGUUUACACAGUUGGCGACGAUGGUCAAAGAGCAGGAGGAAUUGGUUCACCGAAUUGAUGCCAAUGUAGAAGAUGCAGAAUUAAAUGUUGAAGCAGCCCAUUCCGAACUUCUUAAGUAUUUUAAGUCCGUUUCAUCUAAUAGAAUGCUGAUGAUUAAAGUGUUUGGUAUAAUGAUUGUUUUCUUUGUUAUUUUUGUUGUUUUUAUGGCAUAGAAUAUAUGUGAUAUUAGUAUUGUUUAUAUUGUGAGAGUAUGGAAUCUUGUUAACACCAUAAUAGAAAGGUAUCCAAUAGCUUUGUAAAAUAUAUAUUAUUAUAAUAAUGAGAAUUAGAAAUUAUUGCCAGUACUUUUAGAUAGUAAAAUUCUCCUCCACUUACAAUUGUAAGUACCAAAAAGUACUGAUGACUGCAGCUCAUAAAGGAUCAGCAGUGCCUCAAGUGGUACUUGUCCAAAACAUAGUUCAGAGAGUAUUGCUUGAUACUACCACUAGAUUGGUACUUGAGGUUUCAGCAUUAUUACUUGGAAUGAGCACUGAUAUGAAUUCCACCCAUAAUUUUGGAGCCAUUUCCCUAACAGUUGUUUAAUUGGUACUAUAUUGUGAGUUCAUAAGUAGAGGACAGUUCUGCAAUCAAAAUAUUACAGGCAGUAGUUUCCAGCUUGGAUAAUGAGUAUAACUGAAGUAUGUUUCAAGGUGUUUGUGGGACAGACUUUUUAUUUUUAUUUUUUGGGAUUAUUAUUGUGAAUAUCAAGUUGUUGUAUCUCAAUUUCCUCUAUUUUUAUUUUUUUAUUUUUACCUAUUCCCUCAUCCUUUCCUUACUAUUCUCUUCCCCUUUUUUUUCUUCAUAUUCCUCUUAUAAAAUUCUUGUUCUUGCCUUCCUCUCUCAUAUUUAAAAACAAACACAUUUUUGGUGUGAAAGAACUUGUGAGGAAAGAAAUUCUAUCUCGACACUAUUGCUUCCAUUGCAUCAUGUAUAUAAUAAAGAAUUGCUUCUCUCUCUCUCUCUCUCUCUCUCUCUCUCUCUCUCUCUCUCUCUCUCUCUCUCUCUCUCUCUCUCUCUCUCUCUCUCUCUCUCUCUCUCUCUCUUCGUUUUUGCCUCUUCCUUUUUCUGAAUAACCCUUCUAUUUGCAUUAAUUUCUUUUCACUCUUCUUUCUGUAAGCCUGAUACGGAUCCCCCUCCCUUCACCUUGUUAUUCAAUACUCCAUGGGCAACAUUUCUCUCCUUUUCUUUAUAGGAUCUUUUCCUGCUAUUUUCUCUUUCUUUAUUUCUGUUAUUGUUUCUUAGUUUCAAGACCUAGACCUUCCAUCUAAAAGCAAUCGAUCAAUGUCUCCAACCUUUUAUCUAUUUAUUUAUUUUUAUUAGUGUUUGUGUUCCUCUCCGGUAACACCUUCCUUUGAAAUAUUGGAGCCAACAAUGAAAAUAAUUAUAAUCAUAAUAAUAAUAUAUAUUCAUUCCAGUUUUUGUAUCUUCAAAAGUAAUACCUAAUUUCCAGUAAUCAUGUCUCGCAUGUGCAUAUUCCCUUUUGUAUGUGCAGAUAUCAACACAAACCCCAUUUACGCUCAUAAACACUAAACUUACGCGAGGUAUUUAUUUAGUAAAUGCCUUACCAUGAUUGUGAGACAGCAGUAGAAAGAAAAACUCCAAAUUACAGAAAGGAAUCUUAAAAUCUCAACCUUUCAUUAUGUAUACCUGUAUAUUAAAUAGACUGUAUUAUUUAUCACUUAUAAUGUAUAUUGCAUAGAUUCAUUUUAGUUAAUAUAUCAGCCAUUCCUUGAAAGAAAUUUAUGAAUCACAUUUUGAGGAUAUGGGUUAUAUUUAUGUAUAUUUCUCUUUUAUUAUUUCCCUCCAGUAUAAGUAAUUCUUUCUUCUUUUUUUUUUUUUUUCUUUUUUUUUUUGCUUUACCAGCCACUCUUUAUCAGCUGCCAUGGUUGUACAAGCAUUAUUUAUAUAUGCAUGUGUAAUAGACAUUAUAAAUACUUUGAUUUUAUUAAUAAACCUGCAUAUCUUGA